GUCACUCCUACCCACUUGAGCAAGCUCCUCCCCGUCCACGACGCUCAGUCAUUGAAGCGAGGAACUGAAGCCUGAACACAGAUACCGUAUGCUUUUACUACUAAGAUAGGAUGCUGUAGCUGUCGCCACAGAACCUGUUGACUGUUGCGGCGUGGCCUUCAAAGGUCAGAGUGAUGCUCCUGACGGCGCCGCUGUGAUCUGUGUUAGUGCGGUUUCCACAGAAACAGGACAACGGUGGGCAGAGAGCAAUCAAGUCGCAAAGAUGACGUCGCCAUCACCCACUCACAGUGACAGCAGUGGCUCCUCUAAACAUGACAGCAACCAGGACAGCUGGGAGAUUGUGGAGGGGCUCAGAGGAGUUCCUGCCAGCAUGCAGGAGCCUGACAGGCAGGAGGGUUUACUGCUCAAGAGGAGGAAGUGGCCCAUGAAGGGAUGGCAUAAGAGAUACUUUCUGUUGGAGAAAGGCAUCUUGAAGUAUGCAAAGCAUGGAGCUGAUCUGAAGAAGGGAAAGCUUCACGGCUGCAUAGACGUCGGCCUCUCUGUCAUGUCAAUCAAGAAGAAAGCCAUGUGCAUUGACCUGGACACAGAGGAUAACAUCUACCACCUGAAGGUAAAGUCUCCAGACCUGUUUGAGGAGUGGGUGUCAAAGCUGCGUCAUCACCGUGUGUUUAGGCAAAACGAGAUUGCCAUGUAUCCUCACGAGAAGCUGCUCUUCCACCCCCAUGCCUCGUCCUCCCCCUCCCUCAACGACUCUCUGAGAAAAAGGGCUACUCUUACCAAGCAGGCAUCAGUCCACCAGGCAAAGGUCAGCUCUUGGCUUCAUUCGUCAGAGGACAUGGACAAGUGCUCCAAAGAUUUGGAGGAAUGUGAAUCGUACCUGCUGGAACUCAACCUGCUGCUAAAGAGCAUGGAGGUCCUCCACCGCACAUACUCAGCUCCAGCCAUCAGUGCACUACAAGCAUCUACUUAUGACAUCCCCAAAAAGGAGAAGAGGCCAAGGAGGUGGCGAUCCAAAAACAGUGGCAAAGAAACCAAAGCCACACUACAGGUCCCAAGCUGUAUCUCCUCAUCCCCUCGUCUCCAUGCAUCCAACCCUAACCUCUCCACCACCGAGUCCAACACCCAGGAGGUCUGUCCUGAAUCCCCAGACUCACCCACAGAUGUGUCCCGUCUUCAGGAGGACUUCUGCAGGCUGGCCAACAACAUCCACACCACACUGAAGUCAGCCUUUAGUUCACUGGUAGCAGAAAGAGACAGAAUGAAGCACACCAUCGAUCUGCAGGCCCCCCAGCCAGUGCAGGUCAUGGGUUUAAAGACCGCCUAUGCCUCAGAAUGUCCAGCCGGCUCCCACUCCUUGGUCCACCAGGUCUCCAAUGAGAGCAGAGCAUCCAUCCCAGAGUCAAUAUCAGAGUUCUUUGACGCUCAGGAGUACCUUGUCUCCUCUUCCUCCUCUGAGAAUGAGGUGUCCGACGAUGACUCCUACAUCAGUGAUGUCAGUGACAGUGUCUCCAUGGAUACCUACAGCAAUGAGGGAGGCAGCGAGAGACACAACUCUGUCAGCAGCGUGGUGACCCUGGCUCGUCGGCGUUCCACGCUGCCAUCUCCCUGUCCCACCAGCAGCGUGAGCUUGUGGAACAUCCUGAGGAACAACAUUGGAAAAGAUCUGUCCAAGGUGGCCAUGCCAGUACAGCUCAAUGAGCCACUCAACACCCUGCAGAGGUUGUGUGAGGAGCUUGAGUACAGCGAGCUGCUGGACACCGCCAACCAGACCCAAGACCCUUACCAGCGCAUGGUGUAUGUUGCUACGUUUGCAAUCUCUGCCUAUGCAUCCACCUACCACCGAGCAGGAAGCAAACCCUUUAACCCAGUUCUGGGAGAGACAUACGAGUGUGACAGACCUGAUAAGGGCUUCAGGUUUAUAGCUGAGCAGGUUAGUCAUCACCCACCUGUGUCAGCAUGUCACUCUGAUUCAAGGAACUUCACCUUUUGGCAAGAUGUCCGAUGGAAAAAUAAAUUCUGGGGCAAAUCCAUGGAAAUUGUUCCCAUGGGAACCACACAUGUCACACUACCUGCCUUUGGGGACCACUACGAAUGGAACAAAGUGACAUCCUGCAUCCAUAACAUUCUGAGUGGCCAGCGAUGGAUCGAACACUACGGAGAGAUGGCCAUCAAAAAUGUCAACAGUGACGCCUGCCAGUGUAAAAUCACAUUUGUCAAGGCGAAAUCAUGGAGCUCUACAGUGAACGAAAUAGAGGGUGUGGUUACCGAUUCAAAUGGAAAAGUUGUACACUCCAUUUUCGGAAAAUGGAACGAGUCUGUAUUUCAGGGGGACCCACCCUCUGCCACGUGCAUCUGGAGAGCAAACCCCAUGCCAGUGGACCAAGAGCAAUACUAUGGCUUCACCCAGUUUGCAGUGGAGAUGAAUGAGUUGGAUUCCACUCUGAGACCUCUGCUGCCCCCCACAGACACACGCUUCAGGCCGGACCAGAGGCUGCUGGAGGAGGGAAACCCAGAAGGAGCCGAGGAGCAGAAACAGAGGAUAGAGCAGCUCCAGAGGGAGAGGAAGAGAGUGCUGCAGGACAACAGCAUGACACACCAGCCACGCUUUUUCAAGAAGUCUAAGGAUGACACGUGGGUGAGCAACAACACAUACUGGGAGCUGCGGAGAGAUCCUGGCUUCAGCAAAAUUGACUUCCCUGUGUUGUGGUGACCUCUGGAUUUAUCCAUCCUCUCCACUACAGCUUAUUAUAAAGAGGGAAGUGUAAAAAUUGAAGUGACACCACCCUUUAAGUGUCCUGACUCGGUUAACAUGAAUCACUCCAUGUCAUGGUAACCCAAACCAAUAUGGACUUCUGCUUAUGCCAACACGAUGUGGCACUUUGAAGAUGGAGCAGAGCCUGUGGAACAUCUGUUGUUGUUUCUGUUGUUUAUCAUGUUUCUCAUAAAGGGUACACUUUCUUCUUUGAUUAUCAUGACUGUAAUUUACACAGUGUCAGUGUACACGUAAUAUCCAUAUCAUUACGUUCUGUCACAUCUCAGCAUUUACCAAAAGUGCCUUUUAUUGCAGUGCUACACUUGAACUGCUUUAGCAGUUAUGCAAAAACACUUUUAUUCAGAGACUUUAAAAACUCCUCGUUUGGAUAAUGUCAACAUAUGUGGACUUUACUGGAGAGAAAGGAUCAUGGUUGGAAGUGAACUUGUUCAAAAGGUCAAACGUUGGUCAAGUAUUCCUCCAUUCAGUCAGCAUCAGGACUUUCUGAUUGUUUUAGCCAGUGACUAAUCACAUGCUCUAAUUCUAGAGAGACUUCAGCCUUAUUUCAGUGUGCUGCCUUGUUGUAAUCAGUCACGACUGACGUAGGACUGUGGAUGCAUUUUUUUACAAAGGGGAAAACAGCAAUAAUACUUGAUGUUAAAGCAGGGCAAUAAACUGUAAUGGAUGGACAAGUUA